CAAGAUCAUAGAGAUGGCCUCUCUCUCUCUCUCUCUCUCUUCUGACCCAGGUGAUGACUUGAUUGAGUUGAAUAUCACCAUGCCUGCUUAUGUAUACAAUAUGUAUAUGCACCUAAUUUACAUUUCUUAUUUUCCCUUGAUGAUUAGUGGUCCCUCAAGUGUUUUAUUUGCAGUGUUCAUACCUCGUCAUUUUGAAAGUCUUUAAUUUUCGUCCUUUGUGUAACUUUUAAAAGUAUUGAUGAGGGGUGAUAGAGAAUGUACGUUAAUGUAAAUGUAAUGAAUGUGGGGAAGGAUAAAAAUGCUCAUUGGCUAAAAUCUCUUUCUGUCCUAGCCCAACAGGACUCAGGCAUUGUGAAUGGCAAGGAGGCUCGCCCACACUCCAGGCCUUACAUGGUCUCUGUGCAGCAAGGAAACGAGCACUUCUGUGGAGGUUUCCUGGUGUCCAACUCCUUUGUAAUGACAGCAGCACAUUGCGGGGAGAGGAGAGAGAGCCUGACAGUUCUGCUUGGGGCCCAUGACAUUUCUAAGGAAAAAAAGUCAAUCAGGGUUAAAGUGGCUAAAUACCACAUCCACCCUAAGUACAAUGCUAGCACACUGGAGAAUGACAUCAUGCUGUUGCAGCUCAAGACUGCAGUUCAGAAGAGCAAAAAAGUGGAUAGGAUCCCCCUGCCAAAGAGAGAUGAAGACAUCAAGCCCAAAACGCUCUGCAGUGUGGCAGGAUGGGGGGCCACUGAAACGAACGGGGCCUUAAGCUCACGCCUCCUGGAAGUCAACGUGAGUGUCGUGGACCGAAAGCUGUGCCAAGAAAUAUGGAAUGAACCAAUCACAAACAGGAUGGUGUGUGCUGGGGGAAUUGUCGGCAACAGAGGAAUCUGCCAGGGAGACUCAGGGGGUCCCCUGGUGUGCAGUGGAGAAGCCGUGGGAAUCGUUUCCUUCAACUAUAAAAAAAAUUGCACCUACCCAAAUCGGCCCAACGUUUAUACUCAGAUCUCAAAGUUCUUGCCCUGGAUUAAGAAGUACAUCAACAACACUUCUUUGUCCUUCUUGAAACCUUAAUGGCCUCACUCUUGUGUAGACAAAUACCUCCCUGGUAGCUGGAUGGUGAAAAUGCCCAGGGACACAAGCAGAUGGAAUCCCAGGUAUCUUAUAAUGUGCUUCACCAUGCACUUAUCUUUACAGCUAACAUUAAGCUAAUUCCAUUUCAAAUAUCGAUACUGCAUGUUUAGAUGUGAUCCACUGAGUUUUGUUUAUUAGUCAAUUCUGCAUUUCCCCCAUGCAAAUGCUGUGGUUCUGGCAUUACAUUAGCUUCAUUAAAAUGCAUGCAAAUAUGA